UGGAAGUAACUUUGGGCUAAUAUUAUAUAAUACAUCCAUGGCUAAAACACACAACAGUGAGGUGUAAAAGAGCAAUAAACACAGUCUAGUGGUUCUAGUGUGUGUUUAUAGUCAUACUUGAUUUGACUUUAAUAUCAGCACAUAAGCAUGUCGGUGCACUUCGAGGAGCGCAGCGGCGUGGUGCCCUGCAGCACCCCGUGGGGCUGCUGGUCCCAGACCAUGGACGAGGUCUCCAUCGAGGUCUCCGUCCCCCCGGGGACCUCGGCCAGGGAGGUGCGCUGUCAGCUGGGGGCCAGGGACGUGGAGCUGCACGUCAGAGGGAAGGAAAUAUUCAAGGGAAAGUUGUUUGCCACAACUGUGUCUGAUGAAGCUACAUGGACGCUGGAGGAUAAAUCUCUCAUUCGGAUCAUUCUGAUGAAGACCAACAGAGAAGCAGGGAGCUGCUGGUCUUCCCUGCUGGAGGGGGAGUACUGUGCCAAUGCCUGGGUCCAGGACCAGAUGCAGAGGAAGCUCACUCUGGAGAGGUUCCAACGAGAGAAUCCCGGAUUUGACUUCAGUGGUGCAGAGAUCUCUGGGAAUUUUGCUGGAGGUGGUCCGGACUUUUCCAGUUUACAAAAGUGACAUUUGCUGCGAGGUCAAAACCUGGUGCACGAUGGACGUAUUACUUGUGCCCAUCUCUCCCAACUUGUAAAUGUACCCUGAAAUAAUCAAGUCUUCCUGGGGUAGGCGGCUCAGUGGGUGGAGCCCAUUAACCUGAAGGUCAGGGGUUCGAGCCCUAGCUCCUCCUGUGUCCACCAAAGUGUCCUUGGGCAAGACACUGAAUCCCCAGCUGUUCUCGGUUGUCAGGCCAGCGCCGUUGUAUGGCAGCUCCGCCGACAACCGGUGUAUGAAUGUGUGUGUGGGUGAACGACUGGAGUGUAAAGCGCUUUGGGGCUGUAGGAAUACAACUGUAAGCCAUUUACCAUUCUGUUUUAAGUGAUGAAGACACAGUGGCAUCGUCACCAUGGAUGUCUUGAACAGGACUUCUUAUAUUAGCCUCGUUCUCCAGAUUGUCACGACUUGCUUUGUUUAUUUAAGCCUGGUUUUACGUCUUAUGAAAUAAGAUCUGCUAUUUCAGCUUGUAAGAAGCCUGUGAUAUGUGCUGACUUUUUAUAAGAAUGUACACAGUUAUAGCUUUUCAAUAAAGUUUUAUUGAAAGGUACA